GCGAAGCUUUCUGGGAAGGGUGGGCUAAAGCCCAAGAAAGGACUAUGAAUACCAGCAAGCAGUGCGCGAGGCGAGGGCAUUGGAGGAGGAGCUCGUAGCCGUCCAGCCCCGCGGAGCCAGGAACCGUUUCCCUUCAGGAGGGAAGUGAGCAAGAACUGGCACCCAAACGUGGGGCCCCAAUCUCGAGGAAUUCAGAAGAAAAGUCACAGGUUGCCAUACCCUCAGAACUAGGAUUCUGGAACUCGAAGUAGCUGCCCAUCAUUUGCAUUUAAAAAAUAGAAAAGGGGAAAUAUGCAGGAGCCAUCCAUGACUUGUGUGAGAACUGGGCAAAGUUCGAGCCAUUAACCAGGAAUAUCUGGUCUCAGGAACUCACAGUUGGAUCACUGUUUGAGAACACGCAGCCUCAGCACCUGGUGUAGGCAGCCAUGGGGAAGCGAUACUUCUGUGACUACUGUGACCGCUCCUUCCAGGACAAUCUCCACAAUCGAAAGAAGCACCUGAAUGGGCUGCAGCACCUCAAGGCCAAGAAGGUGUGGUACGACAUGUUCCGAGAUGCAGCCGCCAUCUUGCUAGAUGAGCAGAACAAGCGACCCUGCAGGAAGUUCCUGCUGACAGGCCAGUGUGACUUUGGCUCCAACUGCAGAUUUUCCCACAUGUCAGAGCGAGACCUGCAGGAGCUGAGCAUCCAGGUGGAGGAGGAGAGGCGGGCCAGGGAGUGGCCUAUGGACACCACCGAGCUUCCUGAGGGCCACCUGGAGGACUGGCUGGAGAAGAGAGCCAAGCGACUGAGCUCAACCCCCAGCAGCAGAUGGCUGCCUUCCCCCCUGGGACCACCUAAAUCUGAUGGCCAAAUGGAAUGCCCACAACGCACAGGUGAGCUGAGCCAACCUUCCUUAUAAACAUGGGGACACAGAGACUCCUUGAAGGUGCAGCCUGGUGGCAUUUGCUCAUCCCCCAAUAGACUGACCCUGAGGGAUCUGCCAAGAGCAGACAGCGUUGGGGGAGGGAGCGGCUGGCCUUAGACACGCAGACUAAUCCCCAGCCAGUUCAGUGCCCGUCCCUGCUUCCCAUUGUUGGCUCUUCUGAUUGUGACUUUAUCCCUCUUAAUCUCCCCUAUGCCCCCCUCUCUGGGCCGGAGCUACUGUUCUGGCCCAUCCACCUCCAUUAAGACUCUAUUUCCUUUCGGUAAGGACCACAGCUGGGGCUUUGCCAGGGAACUGCUUCUGUCCUUAUACACAGGGUAAACAGGCCAUGCUAGAAGCCUCAAGUGAAGUCUUACCACACAUGUACCUGUGUCCCUGUCUACCCUGUGCCAGGGCUGCAGGGGUGGGCUGUAAAGCCCAGGGCCUGGCAUGUCUGGGGCCCUGGGAAGGCGCCAGUGUCUGAGCAGACUCAGGGGUUGCCCGACCCCUGCUGGGAGCCUCGAGGCAGGAAGGGACACUGGACUGAGCCUUGGAACUUAGUAGCUAUGUCCCAGCUGCCUGCAAAUGUGCCCCAUUUGCUAGAAUAAGGACCUGAGGCUCAGGGGCAGGAGCGUCCCAGGAUCACACCCUCCCUGGGGGAGCUCCACUGUCACCAUGACCCCUUAGAGAGCCACACAGCUCUAGCAGUUGUGGCCUCCUCCACUCUCAACCUUCUGUGUCUUAGUGGAGUUUAUGAAAUUUCCCCGGCACCAUAAAUCAUGUUAAGAGCUGCUUUCUGUGCUUUCCAGGAGGCAGCAGCUCCCCGAGCAGGGGAUGUCCCUGUCCUCUCACAGGGGGAGUCCUAGAGGCUGCACUUAGGGCUCCCAGAAGUCCUUGACUCCGUACUAUCAAUCAGGCCCAGAGAGGGCAAGCUGAGUGCGGGUGUGGGGGGUGCAAACUCUCAGGGGCUUCCGCUUCCACUUUGAAGGCCUGAGGCCUGUCUAGACCUCUCCCAGAGGGCCCAGGCCCUUCUGUUUCUGCAGAGGGCUGGCCACUGGGCGCCCAAGCUUGCUGGGAGCUUCCAGGGC